AACAGGCGGAACACAGUCAAAACCCCUCACGAUUGGCUAGCAAAGAUUUCGUCAUCGGAACUCACUCAAAACACUCUUCUGAUUGGCUAGUUGUGUUUGGAAACUACCUUGGAAACUACUGACAAAGUAUAAAAAGGGCAGUUCCUCCCCCAGCGGGUCUCUUUCGUUGCUCCUACAAUACAAGUACUUUUGAACUUGCUCAGGGGUUAACGACGGAAUUUACUGUUAAACGUUUAAAAAAUACUAGUGUUAUGACUCGCGGAGAUCCUGUUUGUCGGAGGGAGGAUUGUUCUCCCUUCGACAUUGGCCUAGUUUUCGACGAGAUCCACAACUACUCGCCGCAUCAGAAGCUGGAGUUCGUCGAAAACGUGUGGAAACCAGCUACUGACCCUGCCUGGAAGGCCAAUGUUUUGGAAUUUUGUAACCAUUACAGACAGGACAUACCAAAUUAUGCAGGAUUACAGGCAGAGCUUUUGUUAUGGGAGAGAUUGUGGAAGGGGAGGGAUAACAGAGGAGAUAUUAUUCCUGACAGUUUGGAGGCUACACUGAAGGAUAUUGACAAAGAUGCAUAUGUCAACAUCUAUUCCAUGCUGAAAGUCCUGAUCACAAUUCCAAUUUCAUCUGCAUCUUGUGAGAGAUCCAUAUCAUCCCUUCGGAAUCUUAAGAACUAUUUGAGAAAUACAAUGACCCAGGACAGACUGAAUGGAUUGGCACUGAUGCAUGCCCACAGAGACAUGGAUUUUGACCUUGAACGUAUAAUAGAUUUAUUUGCUGAGUUACAUCCUAGGAGAAUGAGAAUGGCAAACAUUUUGUAAUAAUUUUUUGCACCAGCUGUUUCUAGAGUACUUGUGAGUUAUGUUCUGUCUGGGUUAUGGCCUUUAAGUCUCAUAAUCCUUAAACUGAUGGAGAACAGUACAGAAGCUCAAACUGGUGCCUGUAUAACUUUUUUCAACUCAUUUCAAGGUUAUUUUCUAUUUUGUUUUACUUGUGAUGAUUUUCCAUUGACAUUGACAUUGGGUUUUCAUGUUAAGCUUAAAUGGUUAACAAACAUUUUCACUGAACUCAACCAGCUUCACAGCAAUUCCCAAGGAUGAAGAAAGGCUAGUAUUAUUUCAAAUUAUCAUUUUACUUCAAUUUGUAUAUCAUUUUAUGAUUCUUAUAAUUUAUAUUUUUCUAAUAAUUGUUUUAUUUUUUGAAUUCCAGCUCCCAACACAGGCUAACCAUCCAUAAAGCCCUUCUCUCUCUCUCAAAUUCUUUUCUGUGUUGUGCUCCUAUAAAUGAAAUGAAUAAAAGCCAGCUCAGGAAAUGUUGUUUUUAGUGUUGCUAAACAUUUGGAUUUAUUGAGCCUGGCUUUCAUUCAUUUCAUUCAUUAUAGGAGCACAACACAGAAGAAAUUUGAGAGA